AUGAAGUUCUUCUCUGCCGCUCUUCUCGGCCUCAUGGCCUUGACUGCCGCCUUGGCUAACCCCACGGAGUCUACUUCUACCAACCUCCAAGCCCGCGACCAAGAUGAUUUCCGCUGGCUAAGCAAGCGCUGCUGUAUCAACUGCGACAACCCCUACGCCACCUGCAACCCCAACGAUAAGCGUGAAGCCGUCAAGACCGAAGGAGACGCCAUUUUUGUGGUAAGGGUUACCGGUGGAAUAACCUGUGGUACAAAGCGCCGGAACGAGGACAACGCCGAGUGGCCCGCCAAGCGCUGCUGCAUCAAUUGCGACAACCCGUAUGCGCAGUGCCGCUAUAUGGACAAGCGCGAGGCUGUUGAAACGCUCGAGGAUGCUCUGUUUACGAAAGUAUAG